GCCAGCUCCACAUCAAACCAGCACACAGCUCGCCAUGAUCGACCCCAGCUCGUCUGAAGAGGAGAGCGAGGAGGAGCAGCAGGAGGAGCAGGCGGCGCAGCAUGCGGACGCGCCCGCCUCCUCCCACGCUCAUCCCCACACGCACGCCGCCUCACUUGAGGUGCCCGCAGCGCCCACCAGGAAAAGAUCCAUGUCACCGGGCAGCGCCGUAUCAUCGGAGACGCUGAGCGCGGGAACGGCCGCCUCGCUGGCGCGUCCCACCAGCCCCAGCCCGUCCGUCGUCAGCGAGAAGGCAGAGGCCGACCUGCAGGACAAACAGGAAAGAGAGGAAGAAGAAAGGAAAAGAAAAAUUCAGUUAUACGUCUUUAUUUCAAGAUGUAUUGCAUAUCCAUUCAACGCAAAACAACCAACUGAUAUGACUAGAAGGCAGACAAAGAUCACAAAACAACAAUUAGAUGUAAUUCAAGGACGAUUUCAGAGCUUCCUCAAAGGGGAUACACAGAUAAUGGCAGAUGAGGCAUUUCAGAAUGCUGUCCAAAGCUAUUAUGAAGUAUUUCUAAAAUCAGAACGUGUAUUAAAAAUGGUACAGUCUGGAGCUUGUUCUCAGCAUGAUUUUCGAGAAGUCUUCAGGAAUAACAUAGAAAAGAGGGUUAGAUCAGAUUGGUCGGGUGGCGUGACGGGUCAGUGACCCCCAACACAGGUAGAGAGAGGGCAGAGCGAGCCGAGCCGUUCUUUUUUACGACCCUACCUGGACCACCCCAUUCAUCUUUCACUUUCAAGGGAAGGUAGCAGUUGUAGCAAGUACAAUAUCAUCAUCUUCAGUUUGUUAAUGGGAGAUAAUUUAUUUGCUCGGGUAUUGCUCGCAUGAAGUCACAGGAAACAAACUGCCAUUUGUCAAACAAACAUCACUGGUUUUCUUUUAUGAUGUUUGGAUUUGUGAAGUAACUGAGCAGUGAAGUGCUCCAGUAGCUGUGUGGAAAGUGAUUACUUAUUGAUAAAAAUCACCAGUUCUGACACAAGUGCAAGGAAACUGCAUACCAAAGUUAGAAGAUGUGUAGCAACAAUGGAGGCAACUACAAAAACAUGCUAAAAGGUCAUCAGAUAUUCAUAAGUGAAAUGAGACAACUGUUUUAAAAAACUGGAUGACAUAAUGCUUUGAUUAUCAUUACUAUUGAAGAAAAUAGUUGGUAUUUGAUGAAUAAGUGGUUAAGAGGAGGCCCAAGUUUGAAUAUGAAAUUAAAAAAUUCAGCAAGUUAUGUGUUGAUGUUCUUAUAACUUAAAUUUUACACAUAAAUGUAUUUGAAAAUAAAUAAAAAAUGCCGUUUUCAUUCAAUGUUGAUAAUUUUACACCUAUAUUUGUUGUCUAAUGUGCCACAGAAAAGAGCAGGCAAAAUAUGUUUAUUAAACUCUUGCUGAAUGGGGCCUUCAAUCCUAUGUCAAAGCAUAAGUGAGAUUUGAAGUCAUAGCAUGUUAUAGCAUUUUGAAUAUCACAUAAGAAGGUAGCUGAAUUUUGAUAAAUCAAUAGUUAAAAGGAGGGCCAAGGUUGAAUAUGAAAUUUAAAAAAAAUGCAGUUAAUUCUAUAUUUAUGUACUUGUAUUAUAAAUUUUACACAUACAUGUAUUUGAAAAUGAAGUAAAAGAAAACUCCACUAUUCAUUCAGUGCCAGUAAUUUAACACAUAUUUUGAUCAUUUAACUUACUAUGGAAAAGAGCAGGCAAAAACUGCCCAUGAAACUGUGGCUGAAAGAUGUUCUCAGUCCAGUAUUAAAACAUAAAUUCUUGUCAAAACAGCAUCAAGUAUGGGCUCUUUUGAAGGUGUGUAUUUUGAGUGAAAAUUUUUUGGAGAAAGGCAUCUUGACAUAUAUCUUGUAAUCAACCGAUAUAUGAAAUUGCUCCCAGGAGUAUUUUAGAGGAAAAGUUGAGCUGUAGAAAAACAGAUCCAACUGUAUCAGUCCUGAAAAACAUUUUAGAAAUUUCCCAAACUGGAUUUCAGCAUGGAAAAGCCAAGGAAUAUUUAGAUCAGGUUGAUUCAUUUUGAACUGUCGAUUUUGUUCAAUAUACUUUGAUAGAAUAAUAAUGGUCUGUAGAUGAUAAUAUUUGAUUUUUAGAAUUAACUGCAGUCUGCUCUGUCAAUGCAAUAUCUCAUUAAGUAUCUUCCUGCACCCCAGGAGCUAUCCAUCAUGCCAGGUGGGAAGGAAAGGCUAUUUAUUGCUUGAAAACUUUAUGUUCCAUUAUGACCUUGAAAUUUUGCCCUUAGAAAAGAAUGCAAUCUAUGAUAUUUGUAGCUCCCUUAUUAUUGCAUAUACCAAAAUGUGCUUGUGGGCUCAUUCUGAAGCAAAAAUACUACAUUUCUAUUUCAGUACACUCUAAAACAUUAACAAAUCUCACUGAUGAUAUUUCUCAUACAACUUAACAGAAAGUUAAAAAUCAUUUGUAGUACCUGUUUCCCUUUCUGCUGCCUUGGCCAUCUUUGAUCAUAGUUUUUUGGCUAAAAUAAAAAUGAAAGUGAUGAAUCCAGUGAAUCAGCAUGCAGAACCACCAGAGAAAAACAUUAAAAAGUUUUUGUAGGAACUGAUCCAAUCCCACAAACAUUCAAUAAGGAGAUUGAACAGUACGUUUGUAGUAAAAUACAAAUACUUUCUUACUGUAUUUGUCUGAAGCAGUCAGUUCAUUAAGGGAGAACAUCCAUAGUGAUACAAAAGUGAAGGUUGUGUCAACACUCCACUCCUAGCUAACAAACUGAAAGUUGUGAGUGCUCUAGCUGAGAGAGGUGUCAGAUUCAUGGAGGACUACAAGAAAUAAUUUUACAAAAAUAAUAAACAGAAGCAGUAUAUGCUUCAGGCUGCAUCUGACUAAUGCUAUAAAUUUCCAGAGCAUAAAUAGAUUUUAUCAACAAAUAAGCUUUUCUAAAGAAAAGUGAUUUUCUUAUCACAUUUGUUACACAAAUAUUGUAUAUACCUAGUGCCUUUGUAGAUUGUAUUUUUAA